CCUUCACAGCUCUGAGACUCAGGCUCGCAGGAGAGGCCCAGACAGGCAGCAGAGCUGGCACAGGACUGAGCAGGAGGCUGGGCUGCCAGGGACAGGCACAGGGCCACCCAGAGGGACAAACUUGAGAGCACGCCUGCCCCAUGCAGUUCCCCGUGGGCCCCGCCUGCAUCUUCCUGAGGAAGGGCAUCGCUGAGAAGCAGCGGGAGCGACCCCUGGGGCAGGACGAGAUCCAAGAGCUCCGGGAAGCAUUCCUUGAGUUUGACAAGGACCGAGAUGGGUUUAUCUCCCAUAAGGAUUUGGGGAAUCUCAUGAGGACAAUGGGUUACAUGCCCACGGAGAUGGAAUUGACCGAACUGGGCCAGCAAGUCCGCAUGAACUUGGGGGGCCGUGUGGACUUUGAUGACUUCGUGGAGCUGAUGACCCCCAAGUUGCUUGCAGAAACGGCUGGGAUGAUUGGUGUCCAGGAGAUGCGAGACGCCUUCAAGGAGUUCGACACCAAUGGAGACGGGGAGAUCACACUGGCGGAGCUGCAGCAGGCCAUGCAGAGGCUUCUGGGAGAGAGGCUCACUCCCCGGGAGAUCUCCGAGGUUGUCCACGAGGCCGAUGUCAAUGGAGAUGGCACCGUUGACUUUGAAGAGUUUGUGAAGAUGAUGUCUCGCUGA